UUUUAUUUUGAAGAUUUCCUCAUUACAAUAGUAUUAUGACUUCCUCUUCACUGCUGCUGUCAGAAUAAUACAGUGCGUUUAGUCACGGUAACUUUAACUGAUUUGGUGGCAGCAACUUUACAAAGAGAAUCUGCAAACAAAAAGAAGAAAUAAAUAUUGCCAACACAAACGAGUAAGAACUACAGUUUUACGUUUAACAAAUUAUUCAGAUUAGAUUUUAGCAAGGAUUCUUAACAGUAAAAAAGAACAAAUGGUCUUACUGACACCUUACUGGCGCAGCGGCUCCUCAAAUUAAAGCAAGCUUUCAGGGAAGCACUUCUGUUGUUGGGUACAACGGAGUAGCCAGAAGUUGAAGCCUACAUUUAGUGUCUGCGUCGAUCCGUGAAUCCUCGGAUACGACUCAAACGCAUACUGUAAAAAAGUACGCCCAAAUAAAGUCUGUCGACCGUUACAAAAGCCAGGUCCCGAAAUAUCCUACAAAAUGGACGCCUCGCAGGAGUCUCCCUACAUAACAGAGCUCAGCGGAGAGAAGCUGAGGGCCGCGGAGCAGGCCAGGACAGCCACCAUGGAGAUACUGGAAGAUGCUUUGGAGAAGCGCUUCUAUGGCUUCCCAGUCAGCUUCUACUACAGCUGUGGUGAGCCUGUGGACUCCUACAAGUUCAGCUGCAUCCCCACCGAGAAGAUCCUCAGGGACCUUCUACGGAAGACGGGGGAGGUCCUCUUCAGAGAGGACUCGGACCCCGAGAACAGCGAUACCUUUGCCUAUGUCUCGCCAGGCCACGAUGCGGUCUACCUGUGCAACUCUUUCUGGUCAGCACCGGAUGACCUGCGCCUGGAUUCCAAACCGGGCACGAUCAUACACGAGGUGUCCCACCUGUUGGGAACGGACGACAUCACCUACGAGCUCCUCACGGUCGAGCUUUACGAGAACCACGGAACGCUGCUCGGCAAGUCCAGUAACAUCGAAGGCCAGGAUGGGAAGAUGCACUGUCGGGAGGAGGUGGCCCAGGUCAACGCCAACUGCCUGGAGCAUGAGUUUGAGACCGUUAUCAAUCACGAGAAGAGCUACGAGGACGGAAGAUACUCGUGCUGUGGGGAGAUCAAGAAGAACUCUGUGUGUCGACGCCGAGAAACUGGGCAUUAUCACCUGCAUGAGCGCUUUGAGAAUAAGAGAAAGGAGAUGGAAGAGAAACUUCAGAGUCUAGUCCAACAUCCUGAUGAUCACAACCAGAGAAUGAAGUAUGUUAAAAUAAGGAACAGCGCAUGCAGGAAGUCUUAUUCCCAUCAACCCUGAAUGGUAAAAAAGAAAGAAAUUACACCCUUCUGUCGUUAAUUGUAGAAGUGACAAAAAUGUAUCUAUUCAUCUUUCUUUGCUGUAAAAUUAGGAUAUUGUGGAAAGGUGAUGUCCAUGCUAACAGAGGUGGACCAAUAAUGUUAUAUAACGGUAUUAAUAUUAGUGUAUAAAUGUUUAAUGAUUGAAGACUGCAUUAGACUGCAUUGGAUACAUGCGCUGUUGUGAGAAAAGAGAAACUGAAAGGUGUGGGCUUAAUGUUUUGCCGAGUUGAGGUUGGACGGUUAGAGAGUGAAGGAUGCAAUAUAUGACAGAUGGGACAAUCCAGGACAGACUGGUCACACACUCUAUACUCAUGAGGAGGAGACAAGUCAAAUAAUAACCCUCAUGCAUGAAUGGAAAGUUACUAGAACAGAAAGAGGAGGGGCUGCAGGCUGGCUCUGCACAGAACAACUGAACAGGAGGGUAGGAACAGAGAAUUGGUUUCACUUUUGCCCGUCUCUAAGAAACAGAGGCGCAGUUGACUAGGAGUGAGGAAGUACCCAAGAUCAAGGGGUAACGUCAUGGCCGAGUAGAAACUUCCAGAAUAAGGCGGAUGAAUGGAGGGGCGUAACAGUAGGAGGGGUCUAACUGUGUCCAGGCACUGUGUCUAACUGUGUCCAGGCACUGUGUCUAACUGUGUCCAGGCACUGUGUCUAACUGUGUCCAGGGGUCUAACUGUGUCCAGGCACUGUGUCUAACUGUGUCCAGGGGUCUAACUGUGUCCAGGCACUGUGUCUAACUGUGUCCUGCGAUCUAACUGUUUGUAUCACUGUACCUAAGAUGCAAAUGUUUUACUGUUCUUUAUCCUUUCUCCAUUUGAAUACUUUCUGUAUGUUUGUGCAAACUAUUGACCUCAAGCUUGUAUUAAAAUAAACUCCGUAAAUAAGGGUCCUCGAAAGUUAAGGACCAAAGUUGGGCAGAAACAAACUAGUUCACAGAAUUUUAGAAAUUCUAAAUGUUUCGCAGUAUAUUUUUGGGCAUUUAUAUAAUGUCUGUUCUUAAAAUAUGACACGAUACAGUAAACUAUUGUUAAAGGCUUUUUAAAUAAACUAUCGAAAUACUUCAUUUGGAACCCAAUUUUAACCCAGUUGAAAUGAUUAACAACACAUCAUUAUUGAACACAUUUACUUGAAACCAAGUACUAUACUAUUUUGGUUUGAUGACAAUACUAAAAUCCUGCUUGAAUGAGAGAAUGGUAUGGACAACAUUUUUCACAACUCCACUACAGUUCUGUAUUUUUACAUUGUUAUAUUCUUUUGAUAAACAACUACAUUGUGUAUCCACAAGCAACCUAAUGUUAGCUGUCUCAUCGAAGUGCACGUAACUAGUCAGCUCAGAACUAUUACUAUUACCAAUACUCAGACCUAUUACUACUACUAAUAUUCAGACCCAUUACUAUUACUAAUACUCAGACAUAUUACUAAUACUAAUACUCAGAACUAUUACUAAUACUAAUACUCUGAUUUAUUACUAUUACUAAUACUCAGAACUAUUACUAUUACUAAUAUUCAGAACUAUUACUAAUACUUAGAACUAUUACGGUUACUAAUACUAUUACCUAUUACUCCAGAUCAAUAUCCAAAGCCAGCAGCUGGGAUUGGAAUCCUUGAGUGGGGACAAUGUCAGUGAAUGUCAGUGAAUGUGUGUUAUACUAAAAUCUGCUAGUAAAUUAAUGCAAUGGGAAUUUGUGGUAUUCUAAAUCUUGCUAGUAAAUAAAUGGAAUGUGAAUUUGUGGUAUGUCUACAACUUUCUAGUGUGAUUGCCAGGGUGGUGCUCUCUUUUUUUGUCACUUUAGUGACCUCUGCUGUCGUUUCAAGAGUUUGGCCAGU